AUGGCCGUUCUCCUCAAAGACGAUGCUGACCUUGCUUGGACAAAAGCGAUGCACGGAAAAUCUGUAGACCAGAAGAACGCCUUCUUUGCUAUGCUGAAUAAGGAUAAUGUUGCUCAUCGCGAAACCACGAACGAAUAUGUGCAGCGCUGGAAAGCCGCGGAUGGCACGGACGCCACCACCGACGAAGCGCGAGAAGAGCGGAGGUCGGAGUAUAUGGGCGUGGUGAACAACUACUAUGACCUUGCCACGGACUUUUAUGAAGAAGCCUGGGCACAGUCGUUCCACUUCUGCCGCUUCACCAUCGGUGAGCCCUUUCUUCAGGCAAUCACACGCCAUGAGCAUUAUCUAGCCUAUAAGUUGGGUAUCGAAGAGGGUAUGGAGGUGCUAGAUGUUGGCUGUGGCGUUGGGGGACCGGCAAGAGAGAUGGCCCGGUUCACUGGCUGCCAUGUCGUGGGUGUCAACAACAAUGGCUACCAAAUUUCCCGUGCAGCAAAACACUCACAAAGAGCUGGGUUGGAUAAGCAGGUCUCCUUCUUUAAGGGUGACUUUAUGCAUCUGAAUUUCCCCAAGAAUACAUUCGAUGCGGUCUAUGUCAUCGAAGCGACCGUCCAUGCCCCCAACCUCCAGGACGUUUAUAAACAAAUAUUCAACGUCCUCAAACCGGGCAGUCGCUUCGGUGUGUAUGAAUGGGUCAUGACCGACCGAUUCGAUGCCUCCAACCCAGAGCACCGCGCUAUCCGUCUCGGCAUCGAACGCGGCAACGGAAUCGUCAAUAUGCCUACUCGAUCUGACGCAGUUGCGGCUAUCCAGGCCGCCGGCUUCGUGCUCGAGUAUGAGGACGACCUUGCCGAGCGGCCCGACCCGGUUCCAUGGUACUACCCGAUUGCGGGUGAAUGGAAUCAUGCCAGGUCUCUAUGGGACAUGUUCACGAUGUUGCGUAUGACCAGGCUCGGCAGAGGAGCCAUGGGGAAUCUGUUGUGGUCAUUGGAAAAACUACGGCUUGCGCCACAGGGGACGGCAGAGGUAGCCAGUGAACUUGCGGCGGGGGCAGAUAAUCUAGUCAAGGGGGGAAAGCUGGGCCUGUUCACUCCGAUGUAUUUAAUGGUUGGGAAAAAGCCGGGGUCAGAGUAG